AAUGUAACAGAAAAGCUCCCGGUGACUGAGCAGAGAGACAGAAAAGCGGCAGGGAGCUGCCAGCAUCGUCUCAUCAUACCAUCGCUGGACAGAAAGCUCCGUGUCCGCGGAGAUAUGGAGACGCCGGGGAGAAUAGCAACCACACCGGACGCCCUGGACUUCACGGUGGAAAAUGUAGAGAAGGCCCUUCACCAGUUGUAUUACGAUCCCAAUAUAGAAAACAAGAAUCUGGCCCAGAAAUGGCUAAUGCAAGCUCAAGUCUCGCCUCAGGCUUGGCAGUUUUGCUGGGCCCUAUUGAAUCCAGAUAAGGUGCCUGAGAUCCAGUACUUUGGCGCAAGUGCGCUUCACACCAAGAUCUCUAGGUACUGGUCAGAUAUUCCCACAGACCAGUAUGAGUCUCUCAAGAGCCAGCUGUUCUCUCAGAUUGCCUGCUUCUCCUCCGGCUCCAAGAUGGUCCUUACCCGACUAUGCGUGGCGCUAGCCUCUCUGGCGCUCAACACAAUGCCCGAAGCCUGGCCUGGUGCCGUGGCAGAAAUGGUGCGGGUGUUUCAGGAGGAGGGGGGAGGGGUGGAUGGGCGGGCACGCUGUCUGGCUUUGCUGGAGCUGCUCACUGUCCUGCCUGAGGAGUUCCAGACCAGCCGCCUGCCCCAGUACCGGAAGGGACAGGUCCGGGGAGCCCUGGGCCGGGAAUGGGGGUCAGUCUGUCCCUUACUGCAACAACUGCUUCGGCGAACAGAUAGCCCAGGGGCCGUGAAAGCUCGCGUGCUGCGCUGCUUGUCGUCAUGGGUACUGCUGGAUGUGCCCCUCAGCGAGAGCGAAGCUCUGGUUCAUGACUGCUUUAGUGCCCUGUCUGACCCGGAGCUCUUUGACACAGCUGUAGAGGCAAUAGUGAAUGCCAUCUCGCAACCUGAUUCUCAAAGAUAUGUGAACACUUUGUUGAAACUGGUUCCCCAAGUCCUGGCUCUCCAGGAGCAGCUCAGAGAGGCUGUUCAGAAUGGAGACAUGGAGACCUGCCAUGGUAUUUGCCGGAUUGCUGUCACCCUUGGAGAGAACCACUCUAGAACUCUGUUGGAGCAGGUGGAUCACUGGCAGAGCUUCCUGGCUUUAGUCAACAUGAUCAUGUUUUGUACAGGCAUCCCUGGCCACUACCCGGUCAAUGAGACCACCAGCUCCCUCACACUCACCUUCUGGUAUACACUACAAGAUGAAAUCAUGUCGUUUGAGUCUGAUAAGCAGGCAGUUUAUCUUCAGGUCUACAGGCCAGUGUAUUUCCAGCUGGUGGAUGUUCUGCUGCACAAAGCCCAGUUUCCCUCUGAUCAGGAGUAUGCAUCCUGGUCCUCGGAUGAAAAGGAGCAAUUUAGGAUUUACAGGGUGGAUAUUUCUGACACACUCAUGUAUGUAUAUGAGAUGCUGGGAGCAGAGCUGCUGAGUAACCUGUACGAUAAACUAGGGAGACUGUUGACUAAUGCGGAGCAACCUACCUCCUGGCAGCACACAGAGGCUUUGCUGUAUGGCUUCCAGUCCAUAGCAGAGACGAUAGAUGUGAAUUACUCUGACGUCAUCCCUGGCUUGAUAGGACUCAUCCCCAGAAUCAACAUCACCAAUGUUCAGUUAGCAGACACAGUGAUGUUCACAAUAGGUGCUCUGGCAGAAUGGUUGGCAGACCACCCGGUGAUGCUCAGCAGUGUACUGCCAUUGGUUUUACAAGCAUUAGGGAACCCAGACCUUUCUGUUUCUUCUGUUUCGACACUCAAGAAAAUCUGCAGGGAGUGCAAAUAUGACCUGCCACCAUACGCAACCAACAUCGUAGCAGUUUCUCAGGAGGUGCUCAUAAAACAGAUCCACAAGACAAGUCAGUGUAUGUGGCUGAUGCAGGCUCUCGGCUUCCUGCUCUCCGCUCUCCCCGUGGAGGACAUCUUAAGAAACCUUCACUCUCUCAUCACCCCUUAUAUUCAGCAACUGGAGAAGCUAGCAGAUGAGACGCCUAAUCCCUCUAAUAAACUGGCCAUCAUCCACAUCUUGGGCCUGCUGUCCAACUUGUUCACUACGCUCGAUAUUAGUAAGCAAGACGAUGAGUCAGCGGAUGUCUCUGCACCACCUGUCAAAACAGCCCCACCCCCACCCGGACCAAACCCGGUGGUGGUGGUUUUGCAGCAGGUUUUCGCUCUUAUACAGACGGUACUGAGUAAGUGGCUCAACGACUCACAGGUUGUAGAGGCGGUAUGUGCCAUCUUUGAGAAGUCGGUGAAGACUCUCCUCCAUGACUUUACUCCCAUGGUGUCUCAACUAAGUGAGAUGCUCGGGCAGAUGUACAGUACAAUUCCCCAGGCCUCUGCCCUUGACCUCACAAGACAGAUGGUGCACAUCUUCGCCAGUGAGACAGACCACUUUCCACCGAUCAAGGCUCUGUUUGAGCUGGUUACCUCGGUAACACUGUCCAUCUUCCAACAAGGACCCAGGGAUCAUCCUGAUAUUGUUGAUUCAUUUAUGCAACUCCAAGCUCAGGCCCUCAAACGGAAGCCCGAUUUGUUCUUGUCUGAGAGUCUUGAUGUGAAAGCAGUGUUUCACUGUGGAAUUCUGUCACUCAAAUUUCCCGAAGCUCCGACAGUCAAGUCAACAUGCUUGUUCUUUACUGAACUGUUACCCCACUGCUCAGAUGUGCCUCCGAUAGCCAGGGUUAUGCAGGAGGAUGGCAAGCUGCUGGUACAAGCCGUACUGGAGGGCAUUGGGGGAGGGGCAUCUCGGAGUCUGAUGGACCAGUUUGCAGAAGUGCUGUUCAGUCUGAACAAGCACUGCUUCUCUCUGCUCGCUGUGUGGUUGAAAGAGGCGCUGCAGCCUCCAGGAUUCCCAUCGUCCCGAGUCACAGCUGAGCAGAAAGACAAUUUCUCACAACAGAUACUGAGAGAACGAGUAAACAAGAGGAGAGUGAAGGACAUAGUGAAGGAGUUCACACUACUGUGCAGAGGUCUCCAUGGUACAGAGUAUGCUGCUGAAUACUGAAACUCGCCCUUUGAACUCUCUCCUUACCAUGACUUCUGCCCUCAGUGCAAAACAGAUGAACACCACAGCAAACACAGUUCUCUCCAUCCCCGUGAAGACAUAAUGAAAUGAUUGUAACGAUAACCCAGUCGCAGGACAAGACAUGGAACUGUUCCAGCACAGACCUGCCAUCAGAUCAACAAACUUUUAAGGCCUUGGUGGCUUCAGAGAGGCCUUCCUCUCUGCUCCAAUUCUCUUGCCGGUUGUAAAAUUGAUUGUCUAUCUCUCUCUUCUUCCCCUUUUCUCUCCUUUAAAGGUCUUUUUGUGGGAAGAGCUUUGCGCAGCACACCCAGCAUGCUGCCUCACGCCUCCUUCUGUCUCUGGCUUGUUCUGCCUUUCUAGAUCUUCCUGUGGUUCCUAGGCUGUUUCCUGGUGAUUAGCAUCCAUUAAAAAUGGUAGUGGUAUUGUACUAGCUACUUGACAUUAUUUUUAAAAGUAAAUCAAUUUAAUUAUAUAAAUGUAUAUGUAUACACACAUAUAGAGUGGUUGUCAGUCCUGCUGCUGCUAUUGGGAAGAUUGAAGGACCAAUAUGAAGGAGGGGAUUCUGCAGGAAGAAUGACAAUAAUACAAAAUUAUUUACUCCUACUCAUGCCCCCAUGAUCUCUGCAUUUGCCAAAUUAUUAGUUGUUUUGUGAAUUUAUAUCUUUUUUUAAAGGCCUUUUGGGGGUUAUGAGUGGACAAAAAAAUAGAAAAGCCGAAAACCACAUUACAUGGACUGAAAACAGUGAUUUCUUGCCAAGCCUUCAAUGUGUGGGGCUGUACCUCAUGUACAUAAAAUCCCACCCAGUCAUACUGCAGUCUCCUUGGGUUGUAGAUGCAGUGGUCCCUAAGUAAAGCAGGACUGCCAAGAGUAAUGCCUGGAGGGAAAAUGGAUCAAAGUAACUGGCAGUGAGAAAAAAGAAACUGCCAAGAAGGGAGCUGAGCUUUUGGAGGGUAAAUUAUCCUGGCGGUGGACUGCUUAGUCACUGUAAUUGUGCAAGAAUAUUAAUCAAGUUGUGCAUAUUAACAGUUAUUGCUGAACACUUUUUGUGUAUUUGAGUGGAUGGGUGUGUUCCUACUUGUAUGUGUGAGAGGUUGUGUGCGCACAGAUGUAUCUUUUUCCACUUGUUCAGUGCACUUAUAUUGGACCUACAGUACAGAUGCAUAAUUUCCUCCUACUUUUAUUAAAAGAGCUGAUUCAUUUCUUCACACUGCACUCACUCAGGCGACUUUCUUCAGAGAGACUGACCCGGCACAUCCAGUAUUUCACCUCUGCUGCUCACCAGUCACCUCCUUAUCAUCUGGAUAAUCAUUGGCCAGACUCAUCCGUAUGUCUGAUAUUGACACCAUUUAUUGUUAACCAACGCUACCCAUAAUCUUUUCACUCAUCUGUGUCACUGCCUUGGAGAGGACCAAGAAGGAUUGGAGAGUUUAGUAACAAAAUGCUGGCAACUUUACUCAGAAAGCUACUUGACACUGACAUCAUGUGCUCAUCCAUUAAGCCGGUGACAUUAUUGGUGAAGUGACGUGAUGGCUGUAAAAUACACUGUCUAGUGAAUCAGCAAGACCCGCUGACAUCUAAUAACACUCAGCAUAGAAAUGUACUUCGUGGUCUCUGAUACAACUAUCUCAGUCUAAUCCUUCUGUCUUAUCCGAGGUGCCUGCAGACAUGUAGCAUGUGUGUGUUUUGGGUCGGUGGGGUUCAAGGGACAGAUACGCUCAGUGUGGGAGACACUGCAGAAAGAUGUGAUUUAGACUUAGACCAAAAGCAGGAACUGAGCCUGAAGUGAGCUUUUCUCCUUUAGUCUCAGAUGAACUGUGAAUGUCUUGACUUCAACACUGAUCCCUGGUCUGUUUUGUGGUCUCAGUCUGAAGUGAGAAAAUAAACUGUCGCAGUUUAAUUAAAGAGUUGUAUAUGGAUGAGGGAUGGGAAGGAUGAAAUGUAUGUUGUUUUUUUUCUUCCUUUUUUUUGUACCUUGGCUUUAAUUUAUUAAAUAUAUCUAAGACUGCA